AUGUAGCCUACAUUUUUUAGAAAUAUGUUGGUGUAGUUUACCCUAAUUGCAAACAAAAUGGCUGAAUCUAAAAGAAUCCGCGAAAUUGAUGAUGCUGAUUUGGAUUGUGAGCCGUCGACCUCUUCUAGUGGUGAAGGUCAAUCAACAUCUCAGAUUGCAUUACGAGCAGAAGAAGACAGAAAUCUAGACUUUGCUCAUAAUGUUCAAAGUAUAGUGAGACAAUUAGAAAAACGAGGAACUAUGGUCGCCCCAACACUCGUUUUCAAACAAGGUGACACUAUAGGAACCAAUAUUUCUGGAAGUUCUGGUUUUAAGCUUCAACAAAGCAGCAACAUAUUAGGCAGCACUUCACCAACAUAUGAACAGGCAGCCAGGCCUACUGAUGCAGAAGAGCAUGGCACAGCAGGAGAAACACCCUUCCAUUUUAAAGAUUCAAUUUGCCUCGAUCAUAACCUGUACCUGCUUUAUAAUGAAAAACUAGCAAAGUAUGGCGAAGUUUACAGAGGCUUGCAGACUCAUAAAGGUUCUCGAGGAUUCGAUCCAAUCGCCAUAAAAUCUAUCAAACUCAGCGAUGAAAAUAGGAAAGAAGUGGAAAUCAUCCGAAAGCUUCGUUCCCACCCAAAUGUGAUAACUGUCCUCCAAUCUGGGACUUAUUUUUUUGGUCCAAAAGAACAUUUAUUCAUCGCAAUGGAAUACUUUAAAUCUAAAACCUUGACAGACUUUGUCAAAGACGAUCCAAAGCCUAAGACUGACGAAGUCAAACAUAAACAAAUAGAACAAUUUGUUGAAGCUGUCGAUCAUAUCCACAUUAACGAAGUUCUACAUCGCGAUCUUAAACCAGAUAAUAUCUUGGUAUCGGACAAUGGGAGAAUUCUCAAAAUAAUUGACUUUGGUUUGGGAAAACAGUUAAGAAAAGGACAUUUUGUAACCAAAAUGAGCACUUUACGUGUUGGCACUGAUGGUUGGAGGGCCCCGGAAAUAUACCUUUCUGACCUUUGUUCUAAACAAUCGGACAUAUUCUCUUCUGCACUCGUAAUCCAUUUCAUAUCGACCGAUGGUUCCCACCCAUUCGGUAAUGACCCAGAUUCAUGGAAUCUCAAUAUCAAACGAUAUCAAGGAUGUGACCUGAGCAAACUAGAAGGGGACCUAGAGGAUUUGGUUGGUUGGAUGCUCAGAUUCCGACCACAGGAUCGUCCAAAUAUCGAACAAAUUCGAAAACAUAAAUACUUUCAUGGUCAACUUGUUUGCCCUCAUCCCAAACUGAGUUCUGUAGUACGAAGCGCUCCAGAGAAGGAAGUUGUAAAAGUCAAAGAAGAGUUUGAAGAAAGAAUGAAGCAAAUGGAAUUAAAAAAUGAACAAGAAAAGAGGGAUGCGGAGAGAAUGCGGAGAGAGCACGAAAAGGAAAUGAAGCGGGUGCAAGAAGAAAAGAGGAAAAUGAAAAUUGAGAUUGAAAAGCUCAAAACUGGAAAGAAAGAUUUUGCUCAGCCUUCCAAUAUCUCUGCAACAAACCAGCUUGCUGUUUCCACUAGUGCAAACAAGUCCAUUUCUCAAAAGACUGCUGAAGUCAAGUGUCAAGGUUCUGUAGUACGAAGCGCUCCAGAGAAGGAAGUUGUAAAAGUCAAAGAAGAGUUUGAAGAAAGAAUGAAGCAAAUGGAAUUAAAAAAUGAACAAGAAAAGAGGGAUGCGGAGAGAAUGCGGAGAGAGCACGAAAAGGAAAUGAAGCGGGUGCAAGAAGAAAAGAGGAAAAUGAAAAUUGAGAUUGAAAAGCUCAAAACUGGAAAGAAAGAUUUUGCUCAGUCUUCCAAUAUCUCUGCAACAAACCAGCUUGCUGUUUCCACUAGUGCAAACAAGUCCAUUUCUCAAAAGACUGCUGAAGUCAAGUGUCAAGGUGCUGAAUCUCAGUCUUCAAGUCAAACUACUUCUGGUCUAAGAAUCAUCAACCAACAACCGUCUGGUGGGAAGUGGUCAUGGUAUUUCUUGCGAGAAUCACUGCCAGGAUAUGAAGUAAAGGGGACUCUUGUCAUCACCUACUCAUUUCCUGCUGGAAGCCUGAUGGGGGUUUCAUAUGAAGCUCAAGAAUUCACUGAAUAUUUGCCAUGGAAUGAUGGACGGAUAUGUCUCAACUUACUCCAUCAAGCAUUCGAUGCAGGAUUGAUUUUCAAGAUUCAGGAAGUUGGUGACAGAAGAGGAAAAAUUGUUUGGAACGAUGAGUUUCCUCAUAAGACUAAUAAAACUGGAGGACCCGAGAACAAUGGAUAUCCAGAUCCAAACCAUUUAAUGAAACUGAAAGAAGCAUUGAGGGUGAAAGGAUUCCAAGUAUGAUAUAUGGAUAAAGCCAUGGAAUAUAAGAAACUAAAAUGAAUGAGUGGAAGACAAAGAUUUCCGGCAACACGAUUCCACUGCAUAGAAUACUGAAUUGAGAUGUUGAACUCGCCUUCAUCAAAACCAUAUUAAAGAUCUUGAUCAAUUAUUUUGUAAGAUAAAAAUGCGAAUAUUUUGAGAAAAUGUAUUUGUCCGUUUCCGUAUGGGCAUAUCAUCGAAUAGUAAAACGGCCUAGGCAGCUAAAGCGUAAUACUUAACUGCUGGCAUCGCAGAUUACACGUCUCGGGUUCAAAU